CUCAGCACCAGAAGCACCCCGGAAAUGACAGCAUACUUCUUCUUUCAGGAAGAGCAUCUUCACUGACUCAGUACGUCGUUGACAACAACAGGGACCGAACUCAAUAAUUACAACGGCUGUCUGUCAGCUACAUUUUGGUUAUACAAAUUACCAUUGUAGCUGUCCGGGAUUCAUACGUUCACGGGUCAGACAAAUGAAGUGAACGACAGGAUAUGAUGUCAUCAUUCCAAGUGGUGGGUUCGUCCCCCAAUAGCAGUGUUGGCGUGAUGGAAACAUCUAAUUUCGCUCACGUCAUCUUUCAGAACGUGGGGAAGAGCUUCCUGCCCCAGGCUCCGCUGGAAUGUUGCUAUACCCUGACACCCUACCUCGCCCCCAAUCCCAAAGAUUGGGUGGGCAUCUUUAAGGUGGGUUGGAGCACAGCCAGGGACUACUACACCUUCCUCUGGUCUCCCAUGCCAGAGGACUAUGAACCUGGUAGCACCGUACACAGGACCGUGGUGUUCCAAGGCUACUAUGUUCCCAAGAGUGAUGGGGAGUUCUACCAGUUCUGCUACGUCACCCACACGGGGGACAUCCGAGGCGCCAGCACGCCCUUCCUGUUCCGCACGGCCACGCCCACCGAGGAGCUGCUCACCGUCACCGAGGACGACAGCAACUCCGACAUCCUGGUCGUCACCACCAAGAGCGGCCUGCUGGAGGAGGCACAGCAGGAGCGGCGGGAGCUGCUGAAGGCCAUGCACCUCCUGCAGGAGGAGAAGAAGCUGCUGCUGGAGGAGCAGAGGCGUCUGGCCAGGGAGAGGGAGCUGGAGAGGGAGACAUGCAGCCUCCUGCGCACCCACAACCAGGAGCUGCUGCGCUCCUCCCAGGGCCUGUCUGAGGAGCGGGAGGACGUGAGGAGGAGGCUGCAGGCGGCCACGGAGCGCGUGCGCCAGCUGGAGGAAGACCUGCUGGGCGUCACCCAGAGAGGCCUGCAGAAGGAGACCGAGCUGGACUGCAUCAGGGAUCGUCUGAAGAAGCUGCUGGUGGAGAGGGACAGCCUGGAGAGCCAGCUGAAGAACGAGAAGGACGAGAGAGAUCUCUACAAGGCCCACCUGCGCAGCACGGAGCAGGAGAACACCAAGCUGAGUGCAGAGCUGCAGAUGCUGAAGGCGGUGGAGCUGAACAGGGAGGUGACCAUCGCUCAGUUCCAGGAGGAGCUGGACCGCCUCCGGUCCUGCGUGGCCCAGAGAGACAGCCUGGAGAAGGAGCUCAGCACACACACUGCGGACCAGUGUGCGCGGCAGGCCGAGGUGGCGCGCCUGCGCGAGCUGCUGCGUCAGGCCGAGGAGCAGCUGCAGGCGUCCCGCCAGCAGGCGGCCAUGUUGGCGCUGGAGCUGCGCGACUCCACCAGCGCCCGCGACCGCACCAUGACGGAGCUGUACCGCGCCCGCCUGGAGGCCGACGCCCUGCGCGCCAGCCUGGUCGACGCCCAGGCCGAGUGCCAGCGCAUGGAGACUCAGCUGGACCGCAUGAGGAGCGCCGCCCAGCAGGAAGUGGGCGUGGGCACCUCGUCAGAGGGCGUGGUGUCGGAGGCGGAGGCCGAGCUCCAGCGGGAGGUGGAGGAGUUGAAGCUCCGCCUCCACAUGGCGGCCGAGCACUACAAGGAGAAGUACCGGGAGUGUCAGAGGCUGCGCCGGCAGGUGGCCAAGCUCGGCGAGGCUCAGGGGGAGUCCAAAAGAAAUCCUGGGGCUUUGACACUUACUCCCAGUCCGGAGUCACCUACAAGAGGGAGCCUGGCUGUUGCUGUGCUCCAGGGAAUGACUGAGAAGACCUGUGCUCCUGAACCCGACACGGAAGAGGCGCUCACACACACCGACACACUCUCCAACACACACACAGAGGAGGAGGAUAGACAGGGCGCCGGGGUUGGAGAGGGGGAGAGUAAGGGGCGGGGAGGAGAGGAGGUGGGAAGAGACGUAGGUGCAGGAGAGGCGAGGGGGAAAGAAGGGAACUUGGAGAAGGAAGAGAGGCAUGAAGGGAGCGUGGGAGAGGAGAGCUGGAGGAUGGGGAGUUGGGUGGAGGUGGAGAACGAGAGCAAGAGCGCGGAGGAGAACGACGAAGGAAGGGGCGUGGUGGAGGAUGAGGAUGGGAGGAGCGUGGAGGAUGAGGAGGGGAGGAGCGUGGAGGAUGAGGACGGGAGGAGCGUGGAGGAUGAGGACGGGAGGAGCGUGGUGGAGGUGGAGGAUGGGAGGAGCGUGGAGGAGGUGGAGAUGAUGGGGAGGAGCGUGGAGGAGGUGAAGAUGAUGGGGAGGAGCGUGGAGGAGGUGGAGAAAGAACAGACCCGCUCGGUGGAGGAGGAGCUGGCGAGCAUGGAGGAGAAGUGGAGGGAGCAGUGUGCCAUCAACGAGACCCUCAAGCAACGCCUGGCCAAUGAGGAGGAGCGCUUCAGAAUCCACAUGGCCGAGCGGGCCGGCGAGGUGACAGAGCUCAAGCACAAGCUGGCUCAGGCCCUCAGAGACAAGGAGAAACUCCAGGAGGAACUGCAGCAGUGUCUGGAAAGACAGAGGGAGCGUGAGGAGGAGGGGUCAGAGGUCAAGCAGCCCGUGGUGCUACGCUACCCCCUCCCCUACCCCCAGGACCCCUCCCCUCCACCACUGGUGCCACACAGGCCUGCAGAGCUGCAGUACGGAAACCCCUACUCUGCUGACUGCACCCGAGACGGAGCAGAUGGCGCCCUCUCCCCUGAGCAGAUGCCCCGGCCCCCCCCGGAGGCCCCUACCUGCGCCCCCCCCGCCUCGGCCCCGGGGGCCACCUGGGACAGAGGGGUGGUCUGCAUCCAGCCCUCCCGCAGCAUGAGCCCCCCCGACGGCCUGGAGCACCCCCCUGAGGAGCCCCGCAACGUCGGUGACGGGGCUCAGCCAGCGUGCAAUCAUCAAGCUGGCCGACGCAACGAAGGAAGGAGCAGCUUCUGCUUUGACUCCAGUGGGGCCGUGCACAAGCGCUGCCCGCUGUGCGAGGUGAUCUUCCCGCCGCACUUCGAGCAGCGCAGCUUCGAGCAGCACGUGGAGAGCCACUGGAAGGUGUGUCCCGUCUGCUCCCAGCAGUUCCCCCUCGACUGCCAGCAGCAGCUCUUCGAGAGGCACGUGCUCACGCACUUCGACGGCCACGUGCUCAACUUCGACAACAUCGAGUAGAGCGAGGGGGGGGGGGGGAUGUUGGUUUGAGUCAAAUAAACGGGUCUAAGGUGAAAGUAUUGCAGUUGUUGGGAUUAGUAUGUUUGAGGUCUAAGACCAACUUCAUUAUUUCAAAACCCAGUCUAAAAUCCACUUUAUUUAAGACUUAGAAAGGGUCAGAGUGAUUCCAGGUGGAUGUAGACCAGAUGGUGAUGGCUCCACCGACCUCUGAACCGGGGCUAGAAGGGAGGCCAGGCUCCUGGCGGGAGCUUCUUGGUUUUUCGUCUCAUGAUUAUGAUGUCAUCUUUCUGCUUCUGGAGACGCUAGCGUUAUUCACCACUGCAUGUGUUUAGUAUCUGUGUAGGAUUCACCUGUUAAUACCAGUCAGUCAAGUCUGUCAGCACUUUCCAAACUUAGCUUCUUUAUUUUACUGUUACAGCCACGUCUGUGGGUCACACAGGUAUUAGCAGGCAGGGGACCCUGGCCACGAAAGGUCAAAGAUGCUGUAUUUAGUACUCUGUGGCUGGUGGGGGUUGUAGUCUUGGCUGACUUCCAAGCCAUUAAACUGUAUAGAGAGCCUAACUAAAAACUCUAUGUUGAGCAAAGAUGUCCGACUUUUUUUUAAAGGAGGGGAUGAAAAGAAGGAAAUAGCACUAGGUUUUAGUUUAUAUCUGCACUAAAGAUGCUUUAUUCUGAAUGUAAUGUAUAUAUGAGAUGUAUAACUUAUGGAGCAAAAUGUGUGAAAUACUGUCGUGACCCCACCCUCCUCUCCUCAGUGUGUUCCCUCAUGUUUUAGUAAUGACAGAAUUAUGGACCAAUGAUGUUUUACUUCCUGGUGUAUUCUAAAGCCCUCCCCUGGAGUGUUAUCCACAGUUGAUUGGAGGAGAGGUAUUUGAACAUAUAUUUGCAAACUGAAAAUCACUGCUAUGGA